AUGGGUGAAAAAAAUUCAGAGACAGCUCCGAUUUGGGGAAAACCCCAACAGAGAGAAAGCAAUAUCCAUCCAAUGGACUUAGAGUCAUCUGCUCCUUUAUCAGGGCAACAACGAUCGCAGAAUCAGAGUCGAAGUUCUUAUGAAGAACGAGGAAGAGGAGUUAAAGAGUUUCGGAGCUGGUUCGCUUGGCUCGUACCAUGUUUCGUGGUCGCUAACGUUGUCGGGUUCGUGAUCACUAUGUAUGUCAACAAUUGUCCGAAGAAAUCUAGAGAUUGUUUCGCUGGUUUCUUGGGUCGGUUCUCGUUUCAGAGCACAAGAGAGAAUCCUCUUCUGGGUCCUUCCUCUCUUACGUAA